AUGGAGCAGGUCGAGUCAGCUGGCACCUUGGCUGCCAGGUCUCAGUGGCCAAUCAGCUUGACGGAGCCGCCGGGUGAUUGGUCAAUUCCUCCCCCAACUUCGGCUCGUCUCCCCUCCAACAUCCCCCUUCGCACCUUACCCGCACAACAUUCCGGCCAAGACGAACAAGCGACGUCAUUACUGGCUGCCAAUCACCACCAGCGAGGCCACCCCAUUGACCACACCCGAUCGUCCUAUUCCGAAGACGAUUCCGAGUCCUCGUGGACCGACACCGGGGACAUUGCAGAGCAGCUCGCCGACGAGGAGGAUCCACUUCGGAAGCGGCUCAACGACACUCUCGAUGACGAGAUCCUCGCCGGCGUCCUAAGAAGGCAUCCACGGCAACAGCGCCGCUCCACCAAGCGCGUGCAGUACCAGAAGCAGUCACCCUCCCGAAGCCGCUCGCCGUACAACACUGGCGUCGUUAGUAAGGAGGCAAUUGAGAUCCCCGAGCCUGCUCCGCGGCGUAUAACCAGGGCAGAACGGAUACUUGCCGCCAUCAUGACGGGCGGUACAAGUUCCAUCCAUGGCCUCACCGGCAAACCCUUGAUAUAUUUCACUUCUAUUUUCGUGUCGUUGGGCGUGUUUCUUUUUGGAUAUGACCAAGGUGUGAUGUCGGGCAUUAUCACCGGCCCGCACUUUAUAGACUAUUUCGACCAGCCCUCCAAGGCUCAGGUGGGUAAUAUGGUGGCCAUUCUCGAAAUAGGCGCCUUUAUCUCGUCCCUAAUGGUCGGUCGGAUUGGCGACCUCAUCGGCCGCCGAAAAACGAUCCUGUAUGGGUCGUGCGUCUUUUUCGUUGGGGGUGCUCUGCAGACCCUCGCCACGACGAUGGCCCUCAUGAUGCUAGGUAGAAUUAUCGCCGGCUUUGGCGUCGGCAUGCUGUCGACCAUUGUCCCUGUCUACCAGUCCGAGAUCUCUCCCCCUCAUAACCGUGGCAAGCUCGCCUGCAUCGAGUUCUCCGGUAACAUCAUUGGUUACACCACUUCGGUGUGGGUGGACUACUUCUGUGGAUUCAUUGAGGGCAACCUCUCGUGGAGGCUUCCUCUUCUCAUGCAAUGCGUUAUGGGGGCCUUACUGGGCUUGGGAAGCUUGAUCAUUGUCGAGUCGCCGAGGUGGCUUCUUGACAACGAUCACGACGAGGAAGGCAUUGUUGUCAUCGCCAACUUAUACGGCGGCGGCGACAUCCACAACCCACGGGCACGCGAGGAAUUCCGGGAUAUCAAGAUGGACGUUCUACUCCAGCGUCAGGAAGGCGAGAGAACCUACAGCGAAAUGUUCAAGCGGUAUGGCAAGCGAGUCUUCAUCGCCAUGUCGGCACAGGGCCUCGCCCAACUCAACGGCAUCAACGUCAUCUCCUACUACGCUCCCUACGUCUUCGAAUCCGCCGGAUGGAUUGGCCACGACGCAAUUCUGAUGACAGGAAUCAACGGCAUCACCUACUUCCUCUCAACCAUACCUCCUUGGUACAUUGUCGAUAGUUGGGGACGACGUCCCAUUCUGCUCAGUGGUGCAAUUGCCAUGGCCACCUCGCUGUCUCUUAUCUCGUACUUCCUUUACCUCGACAUCCCAGCGACACCGGUACUGGUGGUCGUCUUCGUCAUGGUCUACAACGCAGCAUUCGGGUACUCGUGGGGCCCAAUUCCUUGGUUGUACCCUCCCGAGAUCCUACCGUUGAAGAUACGAUCCAAGGGUGCAAGUCUUUCGACAGCAACAAACUGGGCGUUCAACUGGCUGGUCGGAUUGAUGACGCCUAUUCUACAGGAGCUGAUCCACUGGCGGCUUUAUCUGCUCCAUGCCUUUUUCUGCACCGUCAGUUUCGUCGUUGUCUACUUCCUCUACCCGGAGACGUGCGGAGUCCGUCUCGAAGACAUGGAUAUACUGUUCGGCGAUGCCACCGCCGCGAUGGGCACGCCGGCGACCGUGGGGACGCCGUCCAUGAGGGCAGAGGUAGAUUCCCUCGUACGAGCCGCCUCGCCGGUGCCAACCCUGGACAUCCGCGGUCGACCGCAAUUCGGUUCGUCGAGCGCCAUUCCGGGCCUGGAUAUCGACCCCCCGUCACUAGGCCCUGCGGGUGCCAAGGCACGCCUGCCGACGGAAGAGCAGGGCUCUCGUUCCCGCGGCCGUGGGUGGUUCUCCAGGUUGAUGGGACGGGGCAAGUCGCCAGGUGGAUCCGGCGGCGGAUAUGCCCCGCUCGGGCAAGGGGACGAUUAG